AUGACCUUUUUCAAGUUCCUGAGACGGCGUUCCAGUCCCGGACAUCGUAUCAGACAAUGCCCAGGCUGUACCGGCGACGACUCUUCGUCCUUUCCCAGCAGCUGCGAAACCAUUUGUAGCUCUGCAGAAACGGAGCUCUCUACUCUCGGCAACGUGACUGGUUCAUGCGGAACUUUUCAGUCAUCAUACGAAUCAUGCGCCUCUUGUCUUGUCUCCGUCUCCGACAAUACAACCGAAGCCGGCGAAAUAUUGGCAUCGCCUUUUUCGAGAUACAUAUAUGAGUGCAGCGCGACUGCACAAGAAGUCACUGCCACAAUAUAUACAGCCGUCGGGGAGACGUCAACGCCCGUUACAACUAUAACGACUGCUCUUUCCAUAUCACUGAGCUCCAGUGAUUCAUCAUCUGGUACUACAUCGACCACAACCCCAUCGACAUCAACUCGCUCAACCAGCACAGCUUCUCCCACCAACAGCAAUCUCAUACCAUCGGCAGAACCGACGAUAACCACGACUCCAGACUCUGAGAGCAAAGCAUGGUUGGCCGGUCCGAUCCUUGGGUCAGUAUUAGGUGUUGCAAUUUUAGUCUUGGUAGUCUUUCUCGUGUAUCGUCGUCGUCGCAACGCCAGGAAGAAGAUGUCCCCGGAUGAAUUAACGGAUAAACCGCAACUGCACUCAGACAGCAUACCGUUACCGCCUCCUGAGGAGCUCGACGCUGGCAUGAGGCAUGAGUUGCCAGGCGACGAGCCUAGAGAUCCGAAUGCCGUGGUUACCGAGCUUCUGGGAGAGGACCCUCCCAGGAAACUAGAUAAGGCAUAUGGCAAGACUGAGCUUCCUUUUUAUGAGCCUGAGCAACUUCCUAGCUAG